AUCUAUGAAGCAUAAUGAUCCGAAACUGAUCGACUAAAUGUGUUCAAAUUCAUAAAAUCUUCAUAAUACCUGGGCAGAAAUCCCCAAUAUUAGUCCCUGCUACAUAAUUAAUAUUUCUCAUGAGAAAAUUAAAAACACUUAGAAAAAACAUAGAAUUCUUGUGCUUCAAUAUUGUAUUGUCUAAAAACUAAUUAGAGCAGUUUCUUAUGUUGAAGCUGACAACUUUACUAUUUCAUAGUAAGUUCUUGGAUACCAUAGAGUUUAAUAAUUCCCAGUCAGUGAUCUGUGGUGCCAGCUACAGUCGCCAAGAAAGAUGACUAUAGCCAUCGGAUUAGAAGGAAGUGCAAAUAAACUGGGUGUUGGAAUCAUUAAAGAUGGAAAAGUAUUAUCAAAUUGUAGAGCUACGUACAUAACUCCUCCUGGUGAAGGAUUUUUGCCAAGAGAUACAGCUCACCAUCACCAGAAGCAUGUUCUGGAUGUUUUACAAAAAGCAGUGGAAGAAGCACAGAUUGAACCAUCUGAAAUUGAUGUUGUUUGUUAUACAAAAGGUCCUGGCAUUGCAGCUCCUCUAAUGUCUGUUGCUGUUGUUGCUCGCACAAUUGCGCAACUUUGGAAAAAACCAAUUAUUGGUGUUAAUCAUUGUAUUGGUCAUAUCGAAAUGGGACGCCUUGUUACUGGUGCUGAUAAUCCUACUGUCUUGUAUGUCAGUGGUGGAAAUACUCAGAUAAUAGCUUAUAAUGAAAGACGGUAUAGGAUAUUUGGUGAAACAAUAGACAUAGCUGUCGGUAACUGCCUGGAUAGAUUUGCCAGAGCCUUGAAGCUAUCUAAUGAUCCUAGUCCUGGUUAUAACAUUGAGCAAUUAGCUAAAAAUGGGAAAAACUAUUUGCCUCUGCCAUACGUUGUAAAGGGCAUGGACGUGUCUUUCUCUGGUUUAUUAUCUUAUAUUGAGGAGCGUGUUGAUUCUUUCUUGUCAGAUGGCCAGUAUACAAAAGAGGAUUUAUGUUUCUCUUUGCAAGAAACAGUUUUUGCCAUGUUGGUAGAAACAACAGAACGUGCGAUGGCCCAUUGUGGUUCACAGGAAGUCCUGUUAGUUGGUGGAGUAGCUUGCAAUGAGAGGUUGCAAGAAAUGAUGGGGAUAAUGGCUGAAGAAAGAGGAGCCAAACUAUAUGCAACUGAUGAAAGAUUCUGUAUUGAUAAUGGUGCAAUGAUUGCCCAGGCUGGUUGGGAAAUGUACCGUUCUGGGCAGGUGACAGAUUUUGAAGACACGACCGUCACACAAAGGUAUCGUACAGAUGAAGUUGAAGUAACUUGGAGAUCUUGACACUUUCAAAUUGAAUGACAAAAUUGUAUUAUUUUAAUUAAAUAUUUUUUAAUAUUGUGA